GCUUAGAGUGUGAGCAAAUCAAAACCGGAGCAGUAAUACGAACAGGAUCUGUAGAAGGAACACCAGAAGAGGAUGAAACUCACUAUUGUGCUGUUGGCCCUAGUGGGCUGUGUGGCCGCCUUUAGUGUGCCCACACAAAAGGUUAAGAUUGCGGACAAGGAGUUUUUGAUGAAACAAAAGUUCCUUUUCGAAAUUGUCUACCGCGUUGAUGACCCUCUCAUGUUCGAGGAAUGGAUUAAGGCUGGCCAACAGUUGGUAGUCGAUAAGGCGCAAUACCAGACAUUUGACUUCUAUAUGGAAAAAUUCUGGGAGUCCUACAAGUUGGGCGCACUGUUGCCUAAGGGUGAAUUCUUCGGUUCCCUGGUGAAGACCCACCACAAGCAGGCCUAUGGUCUGUUCAAUUUCUUCUACUAUGCCAACGACUGGGAGACUUUCGUGAGCAACGUGGCCUGGGCCCGCAUGCAUGUGAACGAGGGCAUGUUCAUCUAUGCCUUGACUCUGGCUGUCAUUCACAAACCCGAAUUCCAAGGCUUGAUCCUUCCUCAGAUCUAUGAGAUUUUCCCGCAAUACUUCUUCAACAGCAAAUUCGUGUACGAAGCCGAGAAGUUUGACUACGAAGUGUUCAGCAAGCUUAUUAUGUACGAGAAGGAGUACAAGGAUAUUCUGUACAAGGAUGUCAGUGAGUUCAGCGACAAUUCCUACUUCUAUACUAAGGACUGGAAGACCUGGCAGUGGUGGAAGAUGAUGGGUCUGGGCGAGCAUUGGUAUGUGGAGGACAAAUUCUUCCUGCGCGAAAACUUUGGCCAGUUCUACAACGAUCCCAAGUACGUGAAUGUGAUGCAGGGCUUGAAGAAGUUCUACAUGCCAGUCGACUACACCCGGGACAUUGCCUUCUUCAAUGCCGAUAGCAAACUGACUUACUUCACUGAAGAUUUGGGCUGGAAUGCGUACUGGUACUACCUGAACAUGGACUACGCCUUCUUCUUGGACGGCAAGCAGUUCGGUUUGGAGAAGGAUCGUCGCGGUGAAUGGUGGAUCUACAAUGUCCAACAGAUCCUGGCUCGUUACUACCAAGAGCGCUUGGCCAAUGGCUAUGGCGAGAUUCCCGACUUCUUCUGGUACAAACAAGUGGAGCAGGGCUAUGAUCCUCAACUGAUCUACUACAACGGUGUGGGCUACAGUUACCGCAAGAACUACUAUGAAUUUGCCACCUAUGGCAACUUCGACAUGCUCUACCAGGUGCAGAACUUCUUCGGCCGCGUUAACAAGGUCUUGGAGAAUGGUUACUUCAAAACGGCUGAUGGCGUUGUCAUCGACCUACACAAGCCAGAGUCUCUGCAGUAUAUUGCCAACUACCUGCAGGGUAAUGCCGACACCGAAGACAAGUACUUCCUUAACUACUGGUACUUGCUCGCUCACAUGUACUUCGCCGAUGUUGACUACAAUGACUUCGAGGUGUUCCCCAACAUCUUCCUCAACUUUGAGACCAUGAUGCGCGAUCCCUUCUUCUACACUUUCUACCAGAAGUUCACCGAUGUGUUCUACAAGUUCACAUACUACCUGAAGCCAUACACUCAGAAGGAUCUGUUCUACGAGGGCAUCACCAUCAAGGACGUGAGCGUGAGCAAGCUGGUCACCUACUUCGACAUUGUUGACUUUGAUGUCACCACCCUGCUGAAUGACAAGAUGACAUUCGUCGAUGGAGAGUUUGUGUGGGACAAGGCUCUGUUGGCCCGUCAGGCUCGCCUCAACCACAAGCCUUUCAACUUUGAGUUCACCAUCAAAUCCGACAAGGUGCAGAAGGGUGUGGUGCGCGUCUUCCUCGGACCCAAGUUCGACGAAUAUGGUCGCGUUAUUCCUCUGGAAUACAACAACCAGAACUUUGUGCAAAUCGACAGCUUCGUCUAUCCAUUCAUCGCCGGUGUGAACACCAUCAAACGCAGCUCCAAGGACUUUGCAUGGACCUCCGAGGAUCGCAUCACCUACACCGAACUCUACAAAUACGUUAUGUUGGCAAGCGAAGGCAAAUACGAGUUCCCAUUGGACAUCAGUGAGCCCCACAAUGCGUUCCCCGAUCGCCUGGUCCUGCCCAAGGGCUGGGAACAGGGCAUGCCCAUGCAGUUCUACUUCUUCGUCUCACCCUACACCGAGGAGUAUGAGCAGUUCUCCAACUUCGACUACACCUACUCUUCGGGCGUUGGCACUGGCACUCGAUUUGUGGACACCAAACCCUUCGGCUAUCCUUUCGACCGUCCCAUCGAUGAGUACACGUUCUUCGUGCCCAACGGAUACUUUAAGGAUGUCAAGAUCUACUACGUCGACACCUUCGCCAAGUACUUUGAACAGAAGUAUCCCAACUUCGGCACGUUUGACUACUCCAUCGAGUACUAGAAGGUGGAUUUAGCUAGUAAUUAACUUUAACACUACUUCUGCAAUGCUCAACGAAAAAUCAAAACCAAAAAAAUAUAUAUGUAAAAAAAAAUACCAGCAACAAUCACAAAGAAAUAAAG